UAGUUGAUGAUGUCUUAAUGUUGCUUUACUGUAUUUUAUUCUAUUGGUUGGAAGAAAGUAGGGUCCUAUAACUUGUUCACACUGUAAGCGUGUCCAUUGCUAAGAUGUACCUGUUCUUAAACCCUUUUAACUGGAAAACUUCCCUUCUUCUCUUUAUGUUUAAAUUUGUCCUUUUAGACACCUGUAUCAGAGAUGAUUUUUCUCAAAUUGAUUUAGUUCUGCCCUUCUCUGGAGAAAUUGUAAAAUUAUUAGUUGGGUUUCAAAUUAUGACCUUUUGACUAUUUUCUCUUCUGAGCUGAGCCCCCCCCCCCUGCAAGGGUAAUUGGUUUAAAUGUGGAGUCUUUUUUUUUUUUUUGUGCUGUUGUAUGCAAGCCUUAAUAUCCAAAUCAUGGUUUAUUAAGCCUCCAUCAUGAAGAUGGACUAUGCUGUUUGUUUUUAGUACAUCUUAUUUCUGCUAUCAGUUUUUGCUGCAUGAGGUGAGAUGUAGUGGUGCAUUACUCAUCUGGGCAUAUCUUGUGUUGAUUCUAGGUGAGUAUUGGUUCAUUGAGAUGGAUUUUUUUGGAGUUUUGAUCAGAAUCUAGUAAUGCAUUGUAAAAUUUUUCAAAAUCCCAAAUUGGUUUCAGAAUGACGCCUAGAACAAUCAAUUUUCUCUUGAUCGAUUGUACCAUCCCUACUCUAGAUAUCCAUGACCUAUUUGGGAGGUAAAGCUUUGGGAUGUCCACCAUCAACCAAAAAAACACGAAUUUAAUCACAUGGAGUCCAGGAUUGUGGCUUCUGUUGAAUCAGUAGUCACAUAAUCUCCAAUAGGGGCAGCUAGUCUGUGCUCAAAACAUUCAUUCUUAUUUUGAUAGCAAAUUUUGCCCUAAUUUAUAGAUCUUUCUUGCCUUUUCUUUUGUUUAACAACAAAUGAGUACUCAUGAAAGAACCUACUGGAAGCUCUUUCUACUUUAAUUUGUUUUUAUAAAAACUUGACUGGUUCUGUAGAACAUUUAAAUAUUUGCUCAUGCCAACUAUAAUCUUGUGUCAUAUUCACAGAAUAGUGCACACCCUGGAGUUGCUGCCAAUAUGAAAAAUUUUAGAAUUUACUCUGCUUCUGUGAACUUUGAUUAGACUGACCUCGAAUUGCAUUUUUAUUUGAUCAAAGGGGUGGUAGCUUAGUGUUAUGUCACCUGUACAACAACAUAUAUCUAUUCUUUGCCAUCACCUGUGCUUUGGCUGGAAUGGGGUCAUUCAUUUCUCGUGUUACAAGGCCCCUGUCAAGGGUUUCCGGCCACAGGCAAGUGUGUUAAGAGUUAGGAUCUUUUGAUUGAGGAAGGAUGAUAUGGGGGAAUUAUGUUGGAAUUGUAAGAUUAAACAAAAUGGAUUAAGUUAAGAGUGUGCAUCAGUGCAUCACUAUGGUUCAUAAGAUUUGCAUCAGUUCAUAUAAGUGGGUCACAAUAUUGGAGUUGUCCAACACUCAUCUCUGGUACACUCUCUUAAACUAUAGGUUGGGCUUCAGAUUUCAGUGGCAGCCUGAAUUUUACCAGGUUGAGCCAGACUUGAGGCAUUAAACUACACAGGGGGUUAUAGUCUUGGGUUAGGUGAGGGUAGGUUGGUUACCAACCUUGCUUCUUAUAAAGAUCUGAUACACAAAUGUACAAGGCAUUGCUUUUAGAAAUUCAGUUCCGGGUAGAGCUUGGUGGUGAAAAUCAAUUCUUGGAGGAUGAUGGCUAGUAUGGUGGUGGAGGGAUCAAGGACAUUGAGUUUGUCUGCAGUGGGCGAUACUUUGAUUGUGGGUGUGAAUGUUUUGGGUUCUGUUGAGGAGUAUGGUAUUGUGUCGAUUGUUUUUGGGUUUUGUUGGUGGGUGUUGUGUUUGGCAUACUGAGGAUUGUCAUGGUUGAGGGUAUGGACAUCUUGUGGCAAUGGUGCUAGUCUUGUUGGCUGUUUCACUAAGAUCUAGAGAUGUUAUUUUGCCUUUAGAGCUCCCCCCUCACGGACCCUUUGGAAGCCCACUUGCCUUAAAGGAGUAACCCAUUUGGACAUUUUGAAAUCCUUUUGGCCUUUAUAUUACUAUUGGAGGAUUGAGGGUUAAAGUAGCUCCAAUGAGAAGGGUUCAAGUAGAGCUCUAACGAGAAGCCACAUCCACUUGUUUUGCCUGAGUUAAGGCUGCAGCUAAUGAGUUUGUGCCUCUAUUCCUUCUGGGAACAUUGUUGAAUGUCUAUCCAUCUAUAUAAGUAAGCCCCAGAAAUAUCUAAUUUUAUCUAGCGUUCUGCAAGGAAUGUAAUCAGGUGUGGUUGCUAUAUGCUUGUGGAUGUGAGAAUUCGAGUUUUUGGUUUGAAUUGCCUAUCAAAGAUGGCCCCUGGAUUUUGAUUGCUAUCUUCUGUGGAUUACAUUGUCUAACUUUGCUAAUCCAGUAGUAGUGUCAUGUGUGACUCGCACUGGCGUUUUGCUCAAGUGGUUGUGGUUGAGUGAAGACUUUAAUUGUAUUUGGAGAUAUCUUUCCAAAGUAGCUCGUCACAUCCCCUUAAAAUGACCUUGAGGAAGUUAUCUUUUGUUGUAAUGCUUACUUCCAUCAGAAUGCAGGCACGGAGUAGACAGAUUGUGGUUGUCACUCCAGUUUGCCCAAGUUAGAUUGUAUUUAUGAUAGGUGAAGACCUACUUGAGUUGGAAACAACCAUAAAUACUUGUAUUGAGUUUUGAUCUGCUGUUUACAUGGUAGUCAGUAAAUUCUCCUAAUCAGGUUGGUUUAGAAUUGCAAUGAGAUGGUGGAAGAACCUGGACCCAUCCAUUGGGAAGGAGAGAAUUGCCAGGGCAGCUGUUUCUUGUUUAACGGUGGAAAACUUAAUAUUUUUUUAAUGGGAGCUGCCCUAUCGUCCUCGUCUCCAAUGUUCAAGUGUCAGAGAGAAGGUAUCAUGCAUACAGCUGAUGCAAUCAUAUUUUUGGGGAAAAAGCUCCUCUUAUCGUAAAGAGCCUCCUCUACUCUUCCAAGGGACAUAAAACUUCUUUUUUAUAAACAAAAUAUGGGCAUGGUUGAAGCUCUUGCGGAAUGUCAAGAUUCAAAAUCCCUUGUUUUUUUGUUUUUUCUCCUGUGCUCCCUUAUCCUUGAUUGCAUGUGCUCAACCCGAUCCCAAAUUGAAAGGCCAUGUUGACUGUCCCAUGGGAGAUUGGGCUGUUGAGGUGGAAAAUGGGAAGGUUGGACUUGGACCUGAAACUGAAAACCCCUGCCCAUGCCAUCCCCCCUGCAUCCUUCCAAAGGUCCAACGUCCAAGUACCAUGAACUGUUUUGCAAUUUGCAUAUAAAUUACAAAUUAUGGUGUGACGGGCUACUCAGCUACCGCCAAUAAAAACAAAUUUAACUGGUUGCCGAUUUUUACCUGAGUCGGGUGAGCGAUUUUGUCCAAAACCGCCUCACAUCCAUCCGUGUCUAUAAAUAAAUUAUGUACCCCAUUUCUCUUCCUAUCCAAGAUUCGGAGGAGAAGAAGAAGACGAACAUCAUCUUUCGCCAUUACCUUCACAAACUCUUCUUCUUCUUCCACUUCAAUGGCUCCACCUCAAAUUCCAAUCCUGCUUCUCCAGCUCCUAUUUCUCUUUUCAGGUGCAUUUUCAGCGACAUUUACGAUAGUUAACAAGUGCAGCUACCCAGUGUGGCCGGGUAUCUUAUCAAACGCUGGAACAGCACAGCUCCCCACCACUGGUUUUGCUCUCCAACCUGAUGAGUCCAAUUCCCUAUCCCUCCCUACUGCCUGGUCAGGUCGGUUGUGGGGUAGAACACUCUGUAGCGCCGACUCUGCUGGUAAGUUCACUUGUAUCACCGGCGACUGCGGCUCCGGUACAUUGGAAUGCUCUGGUGGCGGUGCCGCCCCACCCGCCACCUUAGCAGAGUUCACCCUGAACGGCGCCAAUGGCCUCGACUUCUAUGAUGUCAGCCUGGUGGACGGCUAUAACCUCCCCAUGUUGGUGGCACCUCAGGGUGGCACCGGGGGUAACUGUACUAUCACCGGUUGCGUCGCUGACCUAAACGCGGCUUGUCCGUCGGAGCUCAAAGUGAGCAGCAUCGAAGGCGGUGAGGGGAGUGAGAGCGUGGCAUGCAAAAGCGCGUGUGAGGCGUUUGGGGAUGCGCAGUACUGCUGCAGCGGGGCGUACGCGACUCCAGACACGUGUAAGCCCAGUGCAUAUUCUGAGUACUUCAAAAGCGCCUGCCCCCGUGCUUACAGCUACGCCUACGAUGAUGGUAGCAGCACCUUCACCUGUGCAUCUGCCGAUUACACCAUCACUUUCUGCCCUUCUCCUGCCACCAGUCAGAAAUCGGCGGGAGGGCAGUAUCCUCAGGCGAUGGAAGUCUCAGCGGCUGCUGCCAAUCGUUUCACGUCAUUCAACUCCAUCAUUGCCGUCGCUGUCGCCACCGUAGCCGCAAUUUGGCAAUGGCGGUAGCUGGAUACAAACACAAACUUCUACACCCCCUUCGUGGGUGGGGGACUGGGCUUGGUCAGCAGCCAAUUCCAAUUCAGAUUAUAUCACAAUGCUUUCAAAUACCCAAUUACAGAAAAGACAGAGGAUUAGAGGACAAUAUUGCACCAAGUCAAACGCUUUUUUGUCAUUGCCGGUGGCUUUCUACUCAGCCUGAAAGCAAGAAUUGAUACCUUGAUGUGAUGGCGGUGGUGGCAGAUAACGCCGGCCAUUACUUAACUUCCAUUUUCCUAUUAUUUAGGCUAGCAAUUUUCAAUUUCCAAUAUUGAAAUAUUUGAGUAGCUGGAGAAUGUAAUAUACGUAGAACCACUUGCCUAUAAAUGCCAGGCUUUCAAUUCUUUGCUUA